GCAGGCUGUAUGUAUGUCUGCAACUACCUAGAUUAUUCAAACCUUGCCAAACUCCUGCGGAGAUGUUGAGACGGAGCUACAUCGCACUAUAGCAGCUGGGUGUCUUCCGCGCACGGUGAGGAUUGGAUAAAACCCACCCGGAACAAAGUAAGAUAAAAGCGAUCAUCGAAGUAAACUUUCAACAAACACACAAGCGCAAAUGGAAAAAGCAGAAACCGAAAAGGAGCCCCAGACCAGAAGAUCUGUAACCGAAGCUAAGAAACACAGCUGGGAGAGCGGUCUGAGAGUCGUGCUGGAGCUGUCAUAUCUCGUCCGGCACCCGAUGGAGAACAAGAAAGGCAGCCCCCCUGCGUCCAGUCCAAUUCGACAGAUCUCGUCUGCAAUGCUUCUCUUCCUUAAUCAUUGAUUUUCGGUUUCUCUUCGUGGAUGGGAUGAUGAAUUUUGAUUGCGUGAUGCAUUGCUAAUUUGCAUUCGCCCGAUGCAGAAGGGGAGAAAAACAUGUUAUUGAUGGCUGCCCUCAAGCCCAAUGUACAGCAAGUACUGGACAAGUAACUAAGCUAGCUGUAAGGUAGAGAGAUGUGCAUCCCUUGCGAACCUGAAUCUGAAGCGAGGUACUCCGUAGUCGGUGGCUCGGCGACCAUGUGCCCUACUGGACUUGAUGAAUGAAUGAAUGAAUGAACGAACGGGCUGCUAACGGUGUUUGGCCUUUUCGUUGCACACGUCGCACGAUGGGGUCAUCAGUGCAGCCGGCCAUUCUUAUCCCGACCAGUUCGUAUCAGGUUGGCCGGGCGGGGAACAAUGGGGACGUGUGCUGCUCG